AUGACUAAUGCAAAAAGUGACCCACAACAUAAACCACUUCCUGUAAACAGAUACGUGAUAUUCAGAACAAAUAACGCAUUCUACGAAGGAAGAAUAGUCGAUGUGCUCUUUGAUGGACAAAAGACCCUUUAUAGCGUGAUAUCAUUUGCAACUUUUGAGUAUUUCAGAGUCACUGAUUGCGAACUGGUUACGCAGAGCUCUUUGGAGUCAAAGAGGAAGUACAGGCCGAGUUCAGAUUGCGGCAACUUCAACGUGGUGCGGAUGCCAAAUGUUCUGAAAAACAGGCUUCGUGCUGAUAAGGAUUCUUGCAUGGUGAGCUAUUACAACAGCACCAGUAGAAAACAUCCAGUCAAAAUAUCAGUUCGUAGAAUUAUACAGGAAUUCAUGCAAUUCUUCCAGCAGAAUUCACUAUGCUACGACUCCAACGAGGCACAGGAGAUCAUGAAUGGAUUUCAUCAACUAUUCAACACAUUUCUGCCUAUGACACUGCUCUACGAGCAAGAGAAGCGGUUUCUGAUGGAAAAAGACAACUUAGCUAUGAAAGAAGACUAUACAGGUGAUUUUGGUCCAAUUCACCUGUUAAGAAUGCUCUAUUUUGUACAAAGAUACAACGCCAAGUUCAAUCCUCGCGAAUGCGUCCAGCUGGUUACUUCUGAUUAUACUGUAUAUUUGAUUGACUUCCUGAACUACAAAUACCAGGAUUAUUUCAUGUAG